AUGCAAAUAGCGGCGUUCUUGUCGGAUCUCAAAUCCCUCAGCAUCUGUUCGCACAAAGCUGCCAUCGCCUUAGUGAAACCGGACAUGGGAACGGCCACCGAUGAAAGAAAUGCACUGUCAUCCCAAAGGGAAACCUCAGGAAAACCGUCAUCAGCAGAAACGCCGCUAGAUCCUGAUCUUCAGCGUGCCAAUGAGCUCGUCUCAUUACAUUACGAAGUCAAGGUGAAAUAUCUGGAAACGGGGCCCGACCCAGAAUUGAUCCAGGCUGCAAAGGACGUUGACCAGGUGUUAUCCGCUCUGAACAGAUAA